GCAGCCGGCCGGUCAGUCCCGUUGGGGCGAGCGCUGGGUGCGCCGGUGGCCGGUCCGAGUGUCCAACAGGAAGACUCCAAGGCGACGGCGUGCCCUCAGGUCGCUCACCAGUGUCCCGUGCUGUCCCACACCCCGGCGGGUAGAGAGAUAAGAUGUGUGACCUGCACUCGAACUGUCCCACUGUGACUAUGCUGGAGAGGGCUAACGUGACGCCCAGUAGCGCCGGCGAGGACUUGGCUCUGCCGCCCGGCUUCAUGACUCUCAGUGAGGAGGAGUACCGGAAAACGAUCCGCCAGUGUCCCAUUGAGCGCUACUACGAAGUCUCGCAGACGCCAAUUUCAACGGGCCAGUGGUCCAGCGUGUACCACUGCCACCUGCGCAGUACCGGGGCGCGGUUCGCCGCCAAGUUCUGCAACAAGCUGCGUAUGGACGUGCCGGCUCAAACGGAGAUUGUGCACGAGGUGGCCGCUCUGCGCCACUGCCGCCGCUGCCCGCGCAUCGUCCAGCUGUACGAGGUGUUCGAGACUGAGGACCAGUAUGUGCUGGUCAUGGAACUGGGCAGCGGUGGUGACCUGCAGGGCAUCCUCGACGACAACCAGGUGCCCUACGAGAGUGACGUCAUCCGCUUCAUGCGUAACCUGCUCGAGGGCCUGGUGUUCAUUCACGAGCGUAACCUCGCCCAUCUGGACAUCAAGCCUCAGAACCUGGUGCUGACGGGUGAAUUUCCUGACUGCGAGAUCAAACUAUGUGACCUGGAAAUAUCGAGAGUCAUCACCGCCGGCACAGAGGUUCGGGAGAUGCUCGGAACGCCGGACUAUGUCGCGCCCGAGAUUCUCCGGUUUGACCCGGUGUGCCUGACCUCCGACAUCUGGUCUGUCGGUGUCCUGGCGUACGUCCUUCUGACGGGCUUCACGCCGUUCGGCGGCGACACGGAUACGGACACUUUCCGCAACAUCUCGCGCGCCGAGCUCGACUUUCCCGACGAGCUGUUCGAGGAUGUCUCCGAGCUGGCCAAAGACUUCAUCCGGCGCUGUCUGGUCAAGGACCCGCAGGGCCGUCUGAGCGCGCGCCAGUCGCUGAUGCACCCGUGGCUGCAGCAGCCGGAGCCCGCACCGCGAGUACCGUCCGUCCACGGCAGCUCCCAGUCCAUCCUCAGCGACGGUUUCGGCAGCCAGGACAGCGUGCGCACCCUGCGCCGCUCGGCCUCCAAGAGCCGAGAGGUCCUCUGCGAGAAAGUCUCGAACAGCCACCUCAAGAAGAACAUCUCCAAGUCGCGUGAGCGGCUCUGUGACCUCAAGUUCGGUCUGUCUAAGUCUCGAGAGCGUCUGGCACGCACGGUUCUGGCUGGUGGGGUGUCGCGCUCGUCAGAGGUGCUCGGGAGCAGGCCUCCGUGGCGCGCCGCUGGACUCAACUGUCCCCUCGGUACACCUCUACCGCCGCCCAUGGAGCGGAUGGGCUCAUUCAAGGUGCGGGACCAGUACCAGAGCCAAGUGGUGGCUGGACUGGGCAGCAGUCAGAGCCUCAACACCACCGGGCAGCCGUUCGUCCGCCACUGCAGCCUGCGCGGCAAGAAGAAGACGUCACCACCCUCCGCAGAGCCCACCGACUUCCGCGCAUCGCUGCGACGGAACAAGAAGAGCACAGGCAGACGGAGCAGUCUUCAGAUCGAUUCUCGCUCUGAGAAGGACGAGGAGCAGCAGAAGCGUGAGACGCGCCGUCGCUCGCACUCGACACGCGAGGACCUGGAGCCAUGCCCGAGGACUGAGCGACGCCGCGACUCUCACGGUCGUCGAGAGCUCUCAGCACCGCCGGUUGACGAGGGCAAGAACAUGAUCAUUGUGGAGAUCAUCAGCGAUGAUGAACAAGACGUGUUCACCAGGCUUUACAACGAUCGCUUCAGAGAUUCGGAUCUCAAGUGGCGCAAACUGAGAGAUACUGAUUACGAUGAUGAGAAGGAGAACAAGGCAGCCAACUCCUCUCAUCUUGGCGUGCGCCGACCGAGAAUAGAGAGGUCCCGGUCUCGCGACUCGAAUCGCAGCGGACGCAGCUCGACCAAGGGUGGAUCAGACGAGACCCUUUCAGAACGGAUAGAAAAGCUUCGACCAAAGUCCAAGGGAAGCAAGGAAUCAAGCCCAGGCAGCAGUCAGGAAAAUGUCUGGAACACGUCUGAGAGCCAACAGGCAAAAGACGAUGACGUGUUUACUGGAGAAGAAGAAGAAGAGAAGACAAUUGAUAGCUAUCAGUCCUCCGAGAAGCCUUUAAACGAAAAUGACUCCUUGUCUGAGUCUCUUCAGACCCAGAGUCCAGAGACUGAGAGCACCGAUACACAGACGGUCACGUCUGAGCCGGUAUCGAUGGACUGCCCAGAGUCCCGUCAGGACACUUCAGACAGCGAGAUGAACGCGAAAAACAAACCCGCCUUAACAAGUGAAGUCAUAGUGGAGGAACCUACACAAUCACAGGACUCCAGUCCACCUGAGGAUUCCUCCACUACUAACAUGGAGACAGGCUCUCGCAACUCCUCCGUUUCUCCGGAGCGGAGGAUAGAGCCGUACCUGGACCGGUCGACCGAGACGAGUGUGUCCUGGCGCCGGCCGGAGCCGGAAAGCCCGCAGCGCUGGCGGCGCCCGGCCUCCUCCAGUCCGGAGCCGGGCGCCGAGCCGCGCCGGCGCCGACAGGGCUCCGCUUCUGUCACCACUGAGCGCAGUGUGAACACAGACACGGUGCCCACCCGAGACCGGGGCAUCAACACGGACUCAGCGCUGCUGACUGCUGUACAGAGUGACGGCGCGCCGCGCUGGGAACGCGUCGAACCUCUGCCUACACCGGUCGUCACCACGCUACGCGAUGUGUUCGAGCGCGGGCAGCGCGCCGAUGCUGCUCCGUCACGUCGUCACAGCAGCGUUCCUCCGCCGAGUGUCGGACUGGCCCGCUCGCCCACCGAUGAAGACGUCCGCGCCAGGAGAGAACGAGUGCAGCGCGCCGAGCGCGGACGCACCGAUACCGACGAGAAGCGAUCGGUGGCGUUCGCCGAGACGGACGUGCCGUCGCGGAAGAGCUCGGCCGGCUGUUACCGGCGCUGCAGCUCACUCUCCUCCGACCUGGGGAGCAGCGAGAUCUCCAGCGAGGCGGGCAGCGAGUCGUACUGCGUGCUCAGCUGGGAGGAGGCGGCCUCCGACCAGGCCACCGAGCUCAAACCCGUGGUGAGCACCCGCUCCUCGGGCCGGCCGCGCUCGCAGAGCCAGCAGCUGGCACAGCUCGAGCUGGCCAAGCUGCGACAGCGCGGCCGCUCGCACAGCGUCGUCUCGGAGCCGUUCAGCGCCGCACAGCCGUGGGGCGCGCUCUGCAGUGGCUCCGUGGCCCGAGCCUUCGAGAAGUUCCACUCGAUGGCUGGCGACUCGCGGAAGCGGCGCCAGUCCAGUCCCAAUAUUGUUGGCCUGGCGGCCAAACUGACUGACAUGGGGGAGCUGUGACGGUGCGGUGGUGAUCCGGGGUCAGGUGUAUCUCCCGCCGAAGUGUCCCACCCACCGCUUCCAUUGAGGCGGCCUCAACUGUGUCCCAAUCCAGUGUGAACAGUGAUGCAGUGUCUCUCUCCUCAGCACUGGGAAUCAGUGAGUGCCUCGCGGCGGCCGCACGGGGUUCGUGUGGCGCCCGCGAACAUCGUGUCUGCGCUGCGUCAGUUGUGCGGCCGCUCUUGUGACGUCAUUGGCACGUGCGAAGCGUCUGACGUCUGUGAUGUCCCGCACAAAGUGUGCGCGAGUGUAGAGACGUGGUGCCGAGUUAGUGAGGGGCUGGUCUCACCGUGUUUAAUGCGGUCAUUGAACUACUCGUGGUGAUGAUUAUGUUGAUGGUUAUGAUGUGGUUGUUUGGUAAUGCUGUAUGAAUUUGGCUCGCUCUGUUCCAUGACUUAACUGUAAAGCCUUCUGUGCAUAUAGAUGCGUAUUUUAUUUUGAUGCAAUUAUAACUCUCCCCUCAUUGCAAUUUAGUGCUAUAUAAUUGCGAAUUUUGCAUUGUUUCCCUCGUCAUGCUCUUUGAGUUAUGUAAUAGUCCGUUGAUCCAGAUGAUUGAUGAUGAAUGAGUCUGUGAGGAUAUUGGCCGCAAAGCGAAGCGAUGUUUGUCUUUGUAAAUAAUAAACCACGAAACAUA